UAGAAAAUUAGUAUUCCAAAAAAAAAUUUAAACAAUUUUACAUUUGAGGGGCUUUGUGUAUUCCUUUUUCCAUCUUCUCCAACCCCUCACGAGCAGCAUCACCCUCUGAAAUUCUGGUUUCACCCUUCCAUCGCAAUUUUGCAUCUUGAUAAGGUUUUGCUGAUUGAUUUGGUUGUGUAAGAAGAUGCAUCCUCCUUUAACAUUGCACAAACACCCUAUGUGCGCUGAAAUUAUUGAGGAGUUUCAAAAGUGUCACGUGGAACAUCCUUAUGCAAAAUUCUUUGGCGAAUGUACAGAUUUGAAAAUAAAAUUGGAUCGCUGCUUCAGAGCAGAAAAAGCUGUGAAGAGAAAGGCCAACUUUGAAAAGAGCAAAGAGCUCAAGGAACAGUUGCGAGUUAUCAGGAAAGAAAAUGCUGCAAGCAACAGUCCAUAGAAGCACUUUCUGCUGUGUCGAAAACUAAAAUUGUUUAUGUAAAAUACAAUCAUUAGUUUUGUACAAUGACUCGAUAUGAUAUUUUUCCAUUUUCAACACAAAGAAAUAUUCUAUAUCAAUAUUUUUUUCAUUUGCAAAAUACAAUCCUUAUUUUUCUA